UAAGUAAGUAGGUUUUUGAAAAAUUAUUUUAUCUUAAUGCAAGAUACUUCAACCUGAAUUAUCUUGAAGAUUUGGAAGAUACAGUUAUAUUUAUACUCUAUAUUAAUAUGCAAACUUCUGCAAAUAAACAUUCAAUAACUACAGCAUUUAAAACGUACAACAUUCAAGCCAGUCUUGUCAAGUGACGAAGAGAUUUCAAUUUUUGAUUCUACACCGCAAACUGCCGAAUUUGCAUUGCAAGACGAUGACCAAGAUCCCCAAUCUCCCUUGGUAAGUCCCCCAGGUGGAUGUAAAUCAAUAGUUGCUUCGUGAGGGUUCAGAUAGCUUCUACACCUGAAUUUGAAAUCAGUAGCGCCAUAAUCGUCGCUGAAAGGUCCUUUAUACGGAAGUAGUCUUACUACAAAGGCUACCAUGUACAUUCCAUCAGGACAAUAGCUUGUACCAUACCAGACUCCAUCUUGAGCAGUACCAGAUUUAACACUUGUACCAGUAGUAUUAUCGUAAGGCCUCUUACAUUCUAAUCGAACAUUGUUCAAUGCGGUAUCGUCUCCACCAGCAGGAUCAACUCGAAGUUGUAUACCGUUGACGAAAUAACCGUGAGAACAAUAUUUAUAACCUUUCCAAUCUCCAAAUUGAAGAGUAUUUGAAUGUGUUAGUUCAUCGGAGAUUUGAAUUCCAUUAUUAAUUGCACAAGUUGUUCCACUGAAACCCCCUACACACAAACAUCGAAAAUGCUGCGAAUCAGAUGUUCUAACACACGAUCCAAAAUUUGUGCAAGGAUUAGGAUUACAACCGUCAUUUUGACAAAAUUUUCCAUAAAAUCCAGUGUUACAUAAACAUUUUCGGUUCCAGAUAUUAUAAUUACCAUUGUGAUAGCAAUCUGACACCGCAAUUUUAUUGUAAACUUUAUAAACUUUUGCUGUAGGAGUUGUACAAGAGGUAAUUAGAGAUGAAUGAUGAAAACAUCUUCGAUCUGAAGAAUAGGUCGCAGCAAAACAUCCUUUAUCUCUUGAACAGAGAGUAUAACAAAUAAACUCCCUAUUAGUAACGAACGUUUUGAUAAUAGAGCCAGGAGGACUUCCUGAUUUACAAUAAAGUCCUAAAAUAUGAAAAAUUGUCGCAAGUGAAAAAUUCCACAAACAUAAGAAUAUCAGAGUUCUGAAUACUAUUAUUCUGGCUGAAUGAGACAGAAACAUUUUCUCAAAUGGAAUAUAAGCAUAGUUUUUCACAUAUUAGUAUGUCCUAUUGAAUAGGAUGAUCAAUAAUAAAUCUAUAGAUAUUAAACUAAUCACAUGUGACCGUUUCUCUUAAGACAAUAAAAAAAAUAGAGUAAGAAACGCCUGAUAUUAGUUAUUAGUACUACUUGAAAGGUCGUACCAAUCGACGUUUAUCGAUAACUAAUGUCUUGUAGUUUUUCCCCAUUUCCUUGAAAAUGUUCAAUAAUAUGUCAAUGACUUCGAAGUUACCAAUAAAGAUCGCGUUUUUAAAACAAUAAGGUGAUAAUCGAUUGUCUUAUAAGAAAGCCGUAGUGAUUAAAACGUCUUAAUGUUAAUAAUUAAUAUUUUUUUUUUUGAAAGGUGAAAGACACUUUCAACAUUAUUCAAGUAUUAUCUAUUAGACAUACUAGAUGUCAGCACUCGUAUAUGAUAACUUGAUUCUUUUUUACUUUUUUCUUUACUACAACCAUUUAGCAUCUACUUUCAUACUUUAUUCGUAAUUUUAUACCCUAAAUGGCACAAGUGUUGACUAGAGCAUCCUUUUUCAGUUAUACAAACCUUACUUCUGUACCAUUUGUUUGUUUUACUAACUAAUAAUUUUGUAUAUAGAAUGUGUUAGCCUGCAAACUGUAAUAGUAUAGUUCCACAUAUAUAGUUUUUAAGAUAAUUUCUAGGCUAUUAUGAAAACGAAAGUCUCGCGGCACCAAGAUAAUAAGGAGAUAAUUUGUAGUAAGCAAUUCUUAGCCUCACGUCUUAUUUCUUAUUUGCGCAAACGUAUUUCUUUGUAAAGCUAACUUUGCUUUUGGAUUACGAAAAUCGCCUUCUAAGAAUUUUAAAUAUUUUUCAUUAUAGCAUUAAUCUCCUUCAGCCUUAAAAAAUAUGAGGUAAAUUAUACUUUAAUAAGCCUAUUACUACGUCCUAUUAACAGCAUUAAUUAAUAAUAAUGUGUGUUAUAAUAAGGGAUUUUCUCACUACGGUAUGUUCCUGUAAUUAAAAAAACCCCUCAAUUCAUCAAUUCUACUUCCUUAUAGAUUUCUUUAUAUUUCCCUCUCUUUUCUAUUCCUUUUUUUAUUUUUUUCUUCCCUCUCUCUCUCUCUCUCCCUAUAUUAUAAACCACCCUAAAAUAUAGCAGCUAUUUAUCCGGUCUAGUUUACUAGAUAUAUGAUUUGAGGGAGAUCGCUUGCAUAAAACUAUAUGAAAAAGUUACUAUUCAUAUCUAAUCCGGAUUAUGUAUUAUUACUAACCAGAUUAUCCUCUGGCUUAUUCUGCUUCAUUUAGUAGUCACUUAAAACCUCUGAAUCUGCAACUUUCUCGUUACUUUUAGGGAUGCAAUCUUAGUGAAACCGUGGGAUAGUGUUAAAAAUCCCUUUCUCGAAUUCGAUUGGAUAAUAGCACUGAAGACGACUGUUUCUCCAUCUAGAGUCCAGUUCUAACUGCAGCACAAUGGCUGUGUAAUUUUUACGUUUGAAUUUGUUCUCAUGUCUGAUAUUUUUCCCCGUACGGGCUUUAUGCUUAAAAAGAGGAUAUAUAUGACGUUUAUCCACUUGUCUGCAAGUUCCAUCAAAUCCUGCCGAAAAAUUACACUUGAAACUCUGACCGAUAGGCCUUCUCAAGCAGGUUCAAGUUUCUGUGGAGCCCUCUCUCUCUUACCCCUUCAAAGAGAGUGAAAAAGAAAAUAUAUUUUACCCAAGGGAGAAAAUACUAAUGGUGUAUUGGUAAGGAAUUGUUUCUUUUUUGCAAGGGUUCCUUCAUAACAUUCCAUUUCAUAUUCUGUUAAAAUUAUGCUGAUGGCGCAAUUAGACACAAUUACUUUCGUAUAGACAGUGACAGAGAGACUCGUACGUCGAAAAAGAAAGGCAUGUCACGACCCCGUCAACAGAAUGGGGUUUCUUAUUGGUCAGUCUGAAGGAAAUAUAUAUAUAUAUUGAAAUGACCAUUGGAGUAUUGUAUAACAGAAUAUUCCGAUUAGAAAAGAAAUCAAGAAAUAGAGGCAAGGAGUUUUUUAAUAAAAGUAAUACUAGAACCUAUAUCAUAUUUUAAUAGAAACCCUCUCUUUUUAUUUAUCGAAUUGUUCAAAUGCCCAUUCUUUUACCAAGCCAGGCGCAUCAAUCCCCUUUUAUACUCUUUCUAUUUCAAUCAAUAACGAAAUCCUGGCUUAUAACCUGAUAAACAAUCCUACUCAUUUUUUUCCUAUCUUAUUCCAUCGUUUAUACGUUUAUUAUUAAAAAGAGAAGAAAAAGUAAAAGAAGACGAACAAACAAAACAAAGGUAAACGGUUAAGUUUUGUGUAAACAAUACUCUAAUGUUGACACUCAAGCAGAUUUAUAAGCCUAUUGGGAGAGAUUCACUUAUUAAAUAUAUAUAUAAUAUACUGUAUAUACUAUGUAUAAAUAGUCUUUACGUAAAAAGCAUAGAUAAACUUGUAUAUAAGGGGAGAAAUAGUUUGACCAUUUUCUUAUUACUCACGCACGUUUCUAAUUGAAGACGUCAAUAUAAUUAUGUUGCCUUUUAAAUAUUUAAUAGCGUUAGUUGAAGUUUAUCUUUACAAAAAAAAAAUAGGCCUUAAUUAGUCAUUUUUCUGUUUCUUUAUCUAUUUUUAACUUGCGUAGCAUUUUUUUUUCUCUUGACUUACUUAAAUCCGUCUAAUCUUUUGAUGAAGUUUUCUGCUUCUUUUUUGUCUAGUAUUUCAGGUAUUCAAUGAUAUAACUGUGGGUGGUCUAUUAAGCAAAUAACAAACUCACGAAUGUAUGUUAUGGAUGAUGCAAUUUGAUAGUAAUGUAUAAAUAUACAUAUAAAGCGUCUAUUAAUAUAUUUAUAUUACGCUUCAUAGCGCGUGGAAAGAGAGAGCAACCGAGAGUUAUUUUUGUGUGUAAAAGCUUUAUACUGUCUAUUACUAUAAACGCCUAUAUUUAAAGCUCACUUACAUAAAUAUAAAUGAGGGAUUAAAGUAUAUAAAAAGGGCACGUAAAGUCAAUUAUAGGCUAGUUGUUUCAUCUAACAGCUGUUCAUUGACUUUCAGCUCACGCUUACGGUAUGGAAACACUCGGGGCGGAAGAAAGGAUUAAAACGGCUCAUCAGGAAUUUCGACGACGACGCUCACUAACUUUAGAAAGUCAUUCGAGCCCUUUUACUGGAAGCUCACUUGGAAAAUGUUUAGAACAAAGAAGACAAAGUAUGACCAGUGAUGAGGAUGAUAAUGGGAGGCUAUCAACUUUGCAGACGACACUGCAUAGUUCUCAGGCCGGCAAUCUAUCUUAUUAUGGAACUGAUAGAAGAAGAUGCUUUAUUCAGCACGGCUUUGUAAAUUGCGCUUUGCAAGUACUGAUUACGAAGAAGUAUGGUAUAGAGAUUUGGAACGAAAUUCGGCAACUCUGCCGGGAAAAGCUUCGUUCGCCGUCUGUUUUUAGGAGAAUGCUAUACGACAAUAUGAAUUCGAAUUAUGAUUCUGUUGAAGCAACGUCUGAAGUUUUAGGGCUGGGAACGAAUGCCGUAUGGGAAAUGUUCGGAGAAAUGUUUUUUGACUUUUGCGAAGAAUCUGGUUAUGAUAGGAUAUUAAGCGUUCUGGGUGGAACACUAAGGGAUUUUCUUCAAAACUUGGACGCUCUUCACGAUCAUUUGGCCACUAUAUAUCCCGGGAUGAGACCGCCGUCCUUUCGCUGUAGUGAAAAACGUCCAGAUGGAUCAAUGAUAUUGCAUUACUAUUCAGAGAGAAAAGGCCUUGAGCACGUAGUUAUAGGUAUGGUAAAGGCGAUCGCUCAACGUCUACAUAGUAAAGAAGUAACUGUCGAAAUAGUAUCGACGACCUGGGAAUUUUGUCGAGAUCAUGUGCAGUUCCUAAUUCGAGAAAGAGUAGCCCAAAAUCCAGCUUUAGUUCGAUAUGAUCAUUCAGUGGAGCUAUUAUCAGAAACACCUUUAAUUAGUCCUGCGACCUUCUGUAAAGCCUUUCCUUUUCACGUGAUAAUGAAUCGUGAAUUGAAUAUAGUGCAAGUUGGCCAAUCUUUAUCUAGAGUUGUUCCGGAACUCAAUCAGCCGAAUUGCAGCUUCAAGGACGUUUUUCAAAUAGUUCGACCACACCUGGUUGACACCACAUAUGAGCAGAUAAUUAAUCAUGCUGAUAAUACAACAUUUGUUGUUAGAGUCAGGGACAAAAGAAGUCAGUCACCGAGACAAUCAAUAGAUGUUCCAUCUUUUGCAUUUUUAAGGCAACAGGCAAGAUUAGGCAUUCCGGACGCUGGUUGCCGAACGAGGAUGCGUCUCAAGGGACAAAUGGUCGAGCUUCCGGACCGCCUACUGUUCCUAUCCUCACCUAACUUUGCCAACAUCGACGAGUUACUGGAAAGAGGACUCUAUUUAAGCGAUAUACCAAUACACGACGCUACUAGAGAUCUUAUUUUAUUAAGCGAACAGUUUAGAGCCGAAUACGAAUUAACUCAAAAACUUGAAGUACUGAAUGACAAAAUGCAGCAGACUUACAAGGAACUCGAAAUUGAAAAGCAGCUGACCGAUAAACUAGUAUAUUCCAUUCUACCGCCUACCGUUGCUAAUAGACUACGAUUAGGUGAACCAGUAGAGGCUAAAAAAUACUCAUCUGCUUCCAUACUUUUUAGCGGUAUAUACGAUUUUAAUUCAUUUUGCAAUAGUAAUACUCCUAUAAAAGUUGUUAACCUCCUUAACGAAUUAUAUACAAAAUUCGAUUCUUUGGCGGAACCUCAAAUCUAUGAUGUUUAUAAGGUCGAAACUGUUGGAGAUAAGUACAUGCUGGCGAGCGGUUUACCGGAACGAAGCGGCAGACAUGCGAAAAAUAUUGCGUUGGUCGCGUUAGACAUGAUGGAUAUCGUGCGCGAAUUGCAAGUCGAUGGUCAGAACAUACGGUUGACAAUUGGUAUACACAGUGGAGAAGUUGUCGCCGGAGUUGUAGGUCAAAAGUUACCUAGAUAUGCUGUUUUUGGUAGCACUGUAUGUUUAGCCAGCAGGAUGGAAAGUACCGGGUUGACAGAUUGCAUUAACAUAUCGGAGACCACUUUUGAAUGUCUACAAACAGAGGAAAAUAGAGACGAACAAUUCGAAAUCAAAAAAAGGGGUUUGGUACCGAUGAAAGGUCGAAAAGAGCCUAUGGCGUGUUACAUUCUCUCUAGAAACCUUAGAAACCUACCCAAAGUUCAAAUGAUGUUGGAAAGCGGUAUUCCAGUCCAAUCCAGUCGACCGCCUUCGGGAACAGCAACGUCACCAUUAAGCCUAAGCGAUCAGUUGACUGCAAACACGCUACGACAAGUAGCGCUCAACUUGCAGGACUAUAUAUAAUAGUAUUAUUUUGAAUUUAAGUCAAUUUUAUAUAUAUCUUCCAUAAAUACAUAUGAUAAAAUGAGCAUAAUAUACAAGUGUAAAAAAUGAGAAAAAAAUAGACGACAGGAUAAAUGCCUCGACGCCUAUCGAUCGUGGUGAAAUUUUACACCAGUAGAAAAUCUAUCAGUCGAAUUAAUUCGGCGUAUAAAUCACAUGAUGC